AAAACAAGAUAAACCCCUCUCUAACGCACAUCUGGACUGAUUUCAUUAUUUAAUUUCAACAUUUUGUGUUUUUUUUAGCUCGUUUCAGAGCCGCGUUUUCUUCACCCAGGGGGAGGGGAAUGUUGACGGUGUAACACCAGAACAGAAGCAAGAGAGCCCUUUUAGCUAACUAUUUGCUUAAAAACAAAUUGAAAUAAAUCGUUUUAAAAUAAUUUAGUUUAAUUUCCAAUGAGCGGCAGAGAGCACAGUCAUGAUAGCAUCAAACGGAGAGUGGCAUAUGUCUACAGCUUGGAGUACAUCGAGACUUGUGACACUUUAUCCAAAGUCCCAAACAGGGCGAGUAUGGUCCACUCCCUGAUAGAAGCUUAUGGACUGCUUCAACACAUGAGCGUUGUGAAACCUCGGGCAGCCACCAUGGAGGAGAUGGCCAUGUUCCACACAGACUCCUACCUGGAGCAUCUGCACAAGAUCAGCCAGGACGGGGACAACGAUGACCCUCAGUCAGCCGACUACGGCUUGGGCUAUGAUUGUCCCGUGGUGGAGGGCAUAUUUGACUAUGCGGCAGCCAUAGGGGGCGCUACGCUGACAGCAGCCGAAUGUCUGCUGGAGCAAAAGUGUGAAGUGGCAAUUAACUGGGCAGGAGGCUGGCACCAUGCUAAAAAGGAUGAAGCUUCAGGGUUCUGCUACGUGAACGACGCUGUGCUGGGAAUCCUGAAGCUGAGGGAGAAAUAUGAGCGAGUGCUGUAUGUGGACGUUGACCUGCAUCAUGGAGACGGUGUGGAAGAGGCCUUCAGCUUCACGUCGAAGGUUAUGACGGUUUCUCUCCACAAGUUUUCUCCUGGAUUCUUUCCUGGCACUGGUGACCUCUGUGACACUGGGCUAGGAAAAGGCCGCUGGUAUGCUGUGAACGUCCCACUGGAGGACGGCAUCCAGGACGACAGAUACUUCCAGGUUUUUACCAGCGUAAUGCAGGAGGUGAAGUCGCAGUUCAACCCAGAGGCCGUACUGAUGCAGCUGGGCGCCGACACCAUGGCGGGCGAUCCCAUGUGCUCCUUCAACAUGACCCCGGUAGGGGUGGCUAAAUGUCUGCAGCAUGUCCUGCAGUGGCAGCUACCUACUCUGCUCCUUGGAGGAGGAGGUUACAACCUGGCUAACACUGCCCGCUGUUGGACGUUCCUGACCGCAGCGGUCCUGGGAAAGACGCUGUCCUCUGAAAUACCCGAUCACGAGUUUUUUACAGAGUACGGACCAGACUACUCUCUGGAGAUCAGUCCGAGCUGCAGACCAGACCGCAACGACAGCAAACACCUGGAGCGGGUCAUCAGCACCAUCAAAGGGAAUUUAAAGAAUGUGGUUUAGGACCUGGCAACCUCAGCCUUCUACACAUACACACACCAUCUUUCCGAACCAGGUCUAUGCUCGGCAGCUCUAAUGAAGACAAUAUGGAGCGGACCCCUCCAGCCCCGAGGCAUGGAUUGAGUGAACAAGGGAGCAGAGAAGAGAACAAGACAGUUUUGGAAAACAUUAGUUGACUGUUACCAGGGGAGAACAUUUUAAUAAGGGAUAGGGGUUGAUGUGGUCUCUAUACAAUGUUCACUGUUUUCAAUUCCUUGUGUUUAAAAAAAAAAAAAAAGUAAAAAAAAAAAAUGUAUGUGGGUUUUUGUAAAUGAGAGUUUAUGGUAUGUUCUUUGCAGUUUGGUAAAACUGGAGGACAGCGGUGCACCCUGAGCUUUCGGCAUCAAGGGAGGCAUCAGUCGGACAUUAAAUGGAAAAACUGAUUUUUCAGGGCUCCGGUUUCAUGGUCUCCCCCCCGGUCCCACUGUGUGACUUUAGCCUCUUGUGGACAGAUGAGCACUAAAACAGACAAAACAUUCAAGUUCCUCUAAGGCCCUGUAAAACCUUUGUUUCUAAAUGGGUCUGUAAAACGUGGUGGAAUGUCUAGAGAGACUUCUAGUCCACAAAUUGGGAGUCCAGAAAAGUUUGGAAAAUCAACUGUAGCACUUGCCUUCAGCUGCUGGCAGACACCAGAAACAUUUUGGACUGCUGAGAUUUUAAAUGAAGAAGUGAAAGAUAAAAGUAAAGUAUUUUUUUAAGAUUAACUGACAAGAUUACAUUGUCUUUGGAAAAAAAGCAACCUCGAGCUCCAGCAUCCAUACUGUAUUAUUGGCGUAACAUUUCACAUUCACUACUCCAUGCGUCUAACAUACCAAAACUGUGAAACUACAUGUUCACUGAACAUUUAUAGUGGAGGUUGGAUAGCUUUAGUUGUUUCCUUUUACUCAGUAGUUACAUUUAAACCAACAGUGUGAGGUGUUCUGUGGUUUCUUGUAUUGGAACAUUGGCAAUGCAAACCUCAUCGCCCCCCCACCAGUUUUAGACCUGGCCAUUUUCCCUCUGCCGCCAGUCAAUGUCAUCAGGGAGAACCUUUCAUUUGGAAGAGUCUUUUCUGAGUCUAUAAAACUCUUAAUCGUCAAAACAUCCACAUGGAAACACCCCUUACCCCACCUCCCCACCGUGGGCGGGGGUAUCAAACAAGUAUCAAGGUAUACCAAGCUUUGAAAUAGUUACGCAUUCAUAACCACUAAGAUUUUCUGCCAUACUGCUUUUUAAGUAUAGAGUUCAUUUAAAGACAUGUUUAAAGACAGCAUUUAAAGAGACCACAGCAAAACGAGUUGCUCUCAGAGGCCUAUUAAAACAGGGGUAAAAGAGGAGCCUGUGAAGCUACAUCGAGGAAUUCAAACCAAAACAUGGCAGUUCCACUUUAUAUAGAUCACAACUGAAUGAUUUAAGGGUGAAACGGAAGGAUUUAAAAGCAUGAUACGUGGCCUUCAAACAGCAGGGGGACAAAAACAUAAAAUAUUCUGCGCAUUCAGCACUUAAAACUACUACUAAACUCUCCUCUUUUUAAAGUCUGAGGCCGUGGCAACACACAUUUUGAAAAGGGAAAAUUUUCUAGUAUGUUUACACAUCUGCUUCACAUGCAGAGUUUUUAAUCACAAGAGCAUUUAUUUUACACUUUAUGAAGUAGGACAUUUUUAGCCAUACCAGGAUCUUUUUCUUUUGGAUUUUAAUGCUGUUAUUAUCAAUAUUAUGGUCACCUGCUGGUGUGGCAAAUCAGUGUGUUUCCUAGACAGUGAUGCUAAUUUUUUAUUUUUGUUUUUCCAAAGUGGAGGAAAAAAGAUCUGCUUGAAAAAUAUAUUUAGAGAAGAGUAUUUGGAACCUGAAUGUAAUAAGAGCGUUAAUCCCAACACCCACUUUAGGAUUCUGCUGCAGUAGCAAAGUCUGGCAUCUCCAUCGCUCAGCACGAGUGAUAUGGCAGAAUAUGGUGAGGUGGUUAUAAUAAAGUUGGUUUCUCAGUACUUUAAGUGUUGCUAGAGUCUUCACCUCACUGGAUUUUUUAAAUCACACAGUGUGUGCUGGGUUUUAAGGAAUAUUUUCAGAGCUUACUUCUAUCCUGCUUACAAAAACAUGAGGUAGCGAGUGACAAAACAUUAUCAAUAGCCUUUCUUUGCCAACCUGAUGGGGGUCAUAAUGUUAUGGUUUAUUUCUUCAUUCUUGUGUUCAGGCUUCUUCCAAAAACUCAAUGUUUGGUCUUCCAAAACAAAUGUUUGUAAUUUAUUUGACUUGUUCUUUUUUCAGGAUGGAAUGAUAAUAAAAUACAGCUCUUCAAAGAAUAUUAAAAGCAAAA